AUGAAUCCCGCAAGUUUUCCUGGGCCCGGUGGCCCCGGUGGUGUGACCGGUCUUUCGGACAAACCAAAAAUGGACAACACCCAGAUACUCCUGAAGCACGUUAGCCAAACGAUACAUGCCCAGGGCCCUUUUGAUGGAUGGCGAAGUGAAGUCCAAAUAAACACUCGCGUCGUGAAAGUUGGCCAAAUGAUUUCUUCGUUGCGUCUGAUCCCAGGAAUCGAAGUCACGCAAGCCAUCAGUGCUGCCCUCACUUUUGAAGAGAAGGCAUUCCGCGAAGCCAAAGAUUUGGCUAGCUACGAAAACGCGUGUAAUGAAAAGCUCGUGCAGCUUCGCGAUAAGCGACAGGAAGCCGUCAUGACUCAAUCCGGCGCCCAGGCCGUCGGCGCCCAACCCCAAAACCAAAUGCAACAUAUGUUUCCGGGCGGGAUGCAGCGCCCUAAUCAAGGCCCUCCCAUGUCCCUACAGCAUCCAUCCAUGAAUAUACAGUCGCAGCAACCGAUGCGCCAACAACCGUUCUUUCAGAAUCCAGAAAUGCAAGCUGUUCCCGGACAAAUACGUGGAGACAUACAGGCGAAAGAAUAUCAACAUUUGUGCCAACUCGCUGAACAAAUGGCCCAGAACACGUCGCCCGCAGACCUGGAAAAAAUAAAGGUAUCUUUAGAAAGAAUGAGUGCAGUGCAGCGACAAAACUUGGAGAGCAAGGGCGUUUCUCCUUUGCAGUAUUUUUUCCGCUGUCAGGCCCUGAAAAGCUACAGGAAAUUCAAGCAAGGCCAAAUGAUUCCUAACCCUCAGAACUUUAAUACCGAUCCCACAAAAAGUGCUGAGAAUGGCAUGCUAGCUGCACAUCAGAGGCAGAUGAAUCAGACGGGGAUGCCCUUCCAGGGCAGCCCUGCUAUGCGCAUGGCCGGACUCGAUCCUACAUUCACCGGAAAUGUCGACCAUAUUCAGGCUCAACAAAUGAGCCCUUUUCGUUCUCAGGACGCUGGGCAACCCACUAUUCCAGCUCCGGCUUCUCAAGUCAUGAAUCAGCCCCAAUUUGGUGGGCAGCAAGGCUCGUUUCAGACUGUACCCUAUAAUAUCAAUAGAGCAAAUCUCAAUGCCAUGAUGGCUCAGCACCAGCAGCGCCAAGGUUUACAAGUUCCUCCUGGAGGAGUGGGCGCGCAAGGUCGCGCGUAUCAACGCCCACCGACGAUGGCACAAAAUCACACCGUUAUGCCGACUCAACGGCCUGUACCCCAAAAUCUUCCACCAGCACUACAGGCUCAACUCGCCCACCUACCCCCAGAGCAAGUGAAUCUUGCUCUUCAAAAUUAUCGCCGCUCACUCGCAAACAGUCAUGGCAUGCUUCGACCACCCCAGAAUGUUCCUGGCGCCCAGCCGCCACUCCCUGAUUCAGGACAGCUAUCGCAGCCUUCUGGGGCCGCCUUACUUCACGAUCCCAAUAUGCGAGCUCAGAUAGGAAUGAGUCACCCCAUGGCCAAUAUGGCUGGAAUACAGCCUCCACCAGCCAUCCAAGGGCCCCAGUUUUCGAUACAAAAACCAAAUCAACAAUCCGCUUAUCCUCAGCCCCCGGAUCCUCGCCUACAAUAUUUACAACAGCGUAGCGGUCCCUUCAAUAUGAGUGAAGAUCAAGUCAGGGAAAUGGAUAGGCUUCCAUUUCCCUUUGCCAUGUUAAACUCGUAUCCCUCUAUGGCUCAAACAAUGCCCAAGACGCUCAAAACAUGGGGUCAAUUGAAAAUGUGGGUCAGCAAAAAUCCUCAGGCACCUGGUGAGAUUACCAUGGACAGGCUGGCAAUGCUCCAGAAACUUCACUUUAGCCAGCUGGUGCAAGCUCGACGUGAGGCUGUGAACCGCGCUAUAGGGCAGCCUGGUGCGGCGCCCAUAGCAACGGAUCACAACAACCUACAGCAACCCCCUUUUAACGCCCAAGGCCCGCAGCCUCAACAAUUUCCCAAUCAAGCACAGCAACACCCACAAGUCCGGAUGAUGCGGCCGCCGACAGCCACUGAUAUUCAGAUUGCGCGCCAAAGACUUGGAGCGCAAGCUGUCAAUCUAACUGACGAGGACGUACGAAUAUUUAUACAGAAAUAUCGGCAACAGAAAAGCAUCAUGUUGCAGGCAGCACAGAGUAGAGAAGCCGCACUUAAUGCCCAGGUGACAAAUCAAGCUCCACUGCCAACACAGGUAUCUGUUCCCAACCCAUCACCACAACAUAUUCCUACAAGCCACCCCCUACCGCAGGCAUCGCAGCCUACGCCAGCACCGGUCGUGCAAACGAUACCAGCCAUGGAUGCGAAGUCGGCUGCCCACAAUGCGCCAAACAGUACACGUCCAUCUGUUCCCAAACCAUCUCCCAACAAUCUUAAGAGACCGAGUGGCUCCGAAGCGGAAAAUCCCGCGAUGAAAACCACAGCAGCACCGCAACCCCAUAUACCUGCACCUCAACCAACCGUUACCCAGCCACCACAAGCUACUCCUCCACAGCCUGUCCCUCUAACACAGCCCACUCGAGAACAGCUGGCGUCGAUGACUGCUCAACAUCGAGCACAAUGGGAGGCUCAUAUGCGACGGCAGAAAUCCCAAACCCGUCAGGGUAUUACCAAAGAAGCGGCGGAUGAGGCUUGGGCUCGACUACCGGAUCAUUUGAAACAAAUAUACGCAGAAGUUGUGCGAAAUGACAGCGCAACAACACCCAUUCCUAUGGCUACGGACAAGAAGGCCUCAGUAGGGCAGUCACUUCGAGACAAUACAGACAUGCUGAGUCGGAUGGAUGCCUUGGUGCAGUGGGUAUCGAAGUAUCCAAACCAGCAGAGGCCACUGCGUACCCUGCUACAAAUGAGAAUGUUGUUGAUGAAGCAAUUUAAAGGCCCUGAUUGGACUCUCGUCGAGAACUUCACAAUCAACGAUGACUACCUGACUAUGGCAAUAGGAUAUAUUAAAAAAUGGUUUUCUGAGAUGAUCAACCGGGUCCAAAUCUCUCGCCAAAACCAAACCCGGGCUGCUCCUGGUGCACAGGCUCCUUCUACGCCUGUAAUGCCGGCGACACAAAACGCCCCCGCACCGCUGAAUGCGAGUAACCUAAAGCAAUUUGAACAACAGCAAGAAGCUGCACUUCAGCGUACCAGGAAUACUUCUCAGGCCCCAGCUCAAGCCGUUCCUCCUGCUCCAACGACAAUGCAGCCCCCGUUCCCACUCGGAGCCACAUCUCCGCAAGGCGUUCCUCGUGUGUAUGGCCCCACAAACGUAACGCAGGAUACAUUGACACUGCCACCUCCAAAGAAGCGAAAGCCGAAUCCGCCGUCGAACAAGGCGGCGGCAAAAGCCGGGCAAGCCCAGCCCUUGACUACAAAGGAGGGCUCCCCAACUAUUACAGAAACAAAAAAGCCAGCAGCAGUACCUAAAGAGACUUUCAAAUGCAGUGUUAUGGAAUGCACGUAUCGCUUGGGCGGAUUCCCAUCCAAAGCUGCCCUCGAUGCGCAUGUUAAAACUGAGCACAAGCCUGAAGAGCAAAUUACAAACCCGCUUGAAUAUGCGAUUGAGAGCUAUAAGAUAGGUCUUGGUUUAGACAAGACCGAUAAGAAGCCACCGGAGACUCAAAAACCAAAACUCAAUGCUGUUUCAGUUCCGCCGGGGAAACUCCAACCGUCAAAACCCGGUGGCGUGAAAACCGAGGUAGUGACUCCAGCAUCCCAGCAAAUGGCACAAUCCGCUAGCAUAGCUGGAAUCAAACCAAAUUCCCCUGCUCACCCUCAACACAAACCCCCGCAGGUUACCCCUGGAAAAGGUCAAGAUAUGGCCACAUCUAAGCCAGAAGUUGAGAAAGAUGGCAAAAAGGAUGCGAUAAGCAAUACAGUGGUUCCACAGGAUGCCGUCAAGGACCCAUGGGAAGACUGUCCGACAUCACUGGAUUCUAUUCGCUCGACCUUUGGCGAUCUAGCGAAGAUGUCCUACUUUAAUGUUAGCUGCGAUCCUCUUGAUGAACUUCUUCUAUCAAACGCAUUCAAUACAGCCCAGUCCAAGGACACUCCGCAAUCCACGGAUGCAAGUGCACUCAGUCAGACGCCCCAGGACAGUGAUAUGUCCGAUAUGGAUAUUCAGAUGGAACGCACAAUUGACGACACUUGGCUCCCAACAGAGUGGGUAGCGCUCCCGGCGAGUUUUGAUGGAAGCUUGAAUAUGGGCGAGACAUUUCCAGAGAUAGACUGGAGUUUGCAUUUCAAUGAUGUACCACUGGAGCCAUUUUUUAAUCAAGAAGUCCUGCUCUCGGUGUAG